AUGGCUUCUAUAGCUGCUGCUCUUGUUGUUGUAUGCACUGCAUUCCUGUACUCUAGGUUUAGGAGGGCCACGUGUGAUUCAGAUGAGGAUGAAUGCACUGUUUGGGUCCCUAAGGCUGUGGUGGAUGCUGAGAGGCAGUUGGUAAACCUGUUUAGGGAGAGGCACCUUCUAAAGGACAACAUGCACACUAUUGUAGAGGAGCAGGUAGCCAUGUUUCUUCACAUUGUGGGACACAACCAAAGGUUUCGGGUGGUUCAUCACACCUUUAGGAGGUCUAUAGAGACUGUCAGUAGGUACUUCGCGCAGGUUCUUUAUGCUGUUGGGGAGCUGAGGGAUUGCAUUGGAGCUAUUGAUGGAACCCACAUUCUGGCUAGGGUUCCAUUUAAGAUGCAUGUUGCAUUUAGAGGUCGUAAGCAGAGCCCAACACAGAAUGUGCUAGAUGCUAUCGAUUUUGACAUGCGGUUCACCUAUGUCCGUGCUGGGUGGGAAGGGUCAACUCAUGAUGCAGGUGUUAGCUCCUAG